AUGUCCUCUACACAGAAUUCCGAGGAACAACCACAACAAAUCGACGAUUCCACCACCACCCUUAAAGAAACAACAACAGUAUCACAAGGACCAGCAGGACCAAACACUUUAUCUGCUGAAUCGAAUUAUGUUUAUGCGUUGAUGAGAACUUACUAUCAAAGUAAAUACUCACGCGAAGCAGUUCUACUAGCAGUCUAUAAGGAUGAACGUGCCGCGUUAAAUGCUCUUCUUCGUGAGCACAAAGAAUCCUUGGAAAGUGGCAGCGGGCAAAAUGAAAAAGUAUGGGGGAAUAGUCGUUCUACCAUGUAUGGCUGUUCAUGGACGACCUGGAAACUUGAGAGACGGGAACUUAUUACUAGCGUUGAAAAUCAUAUUGAACCCGAAUACGAUGGAGAAAUACGAGAAAUAGCGGAUUAUGAUUUUUGA